CCCUAAUAUUCUUUACUUCAUCAAAUUAAAUCAUAAAUUUAAAACAGCACCAUCAACACUUCUUCUUCCUCCUUCUAUACGCUUCAUCUUCUUCUUCUUCUUCUUCUUCAAACCACUUUUACCCAAGAGAGAGAGAGAGAUCUCCAUAGUCAAAGCCUUGAAUCUCCAACAGCCUAACCUUAACGAUGCAGCAAGGCGAUUACACUUCUCUCCCCUAUUAUCCUCCUUACAAUCAAUUUCCAAACCCUAAUCCCAAUCCCAAUCCCAACCCCCACCCCCACCCCAACCCCAAUUCCGAUCAUCUUCACACUUCAUUCGCUUCCGCCCCACCGUUCAACUCCGGAUACGCUCCCAACGACUACUCUGCUUAUCCCCAAAACUACCCUGCUUAUCCUCAAAAUCCCGAUCCUGCUCCUCCCACUGCUCCUUCUUACACCCCUCCUUCAAACCCUAAUUUGCAGUCCUUCAAUUCCGCUUCUCAGGCCACUUCUUUCCCUCCGUUUGAGGCCCACACGCCUUAUCAACCUCCGACCCAGCAGCAGCCGUACUUUCCCACGUACGAUCAGCAUCAGACGCCUCCUAAUUAUGCUCCUACUGCAGCUUCCGUGCCUUCAAAUCCUAGCCCCACCCCGAAUUCUCAAUAUUCCUCUGUAUAUUCCUCUUCGUAUGGUCAAUCGGGAGCUUCGGUGCCGCCCGUCUACGAUAACCCAUAUGAGAAUUCUGUGAAAUACGAUCAGGGUAGUGGUUAUUUAGAUGAUAGAUACGGAGGUUACAACCAGAGGCCACGGUCCGAUUUGGGAUCGGAUCUGUAUGGAAAGCGAUAUGAUUCGGGUCGGGACGAUGGAUUCGGAGAUGGAGUUUAUGCUUACCAAGGGAACAAGGUUGAGCCGUAUGGGUCUAGGGGCACUGCGCCUAAUAAGUCAUCGACUUUGUUCGACGAUUAUGGGAGAUCGAUUAGUUUCUCUUCCAGUAAGGAUUCGAGUAAUAGCUCGACCAAAAUUGUGAGAGCGGUCCCCAAGGCGGAGGUACAGCAAGACGUGAAAAGUGGGGUUCAGAAGUUUCGGGUUAAGCUGUUAGCUGAAAGUGGAGGACAGAGUACCAUGGACGUUCUUUGCCAGAUUGGUUUGGAUGGAAUUCGCAUGCUUGAUCCUAAUACCAGUCGGACAUUAAGAAUAUAUCCCCUUGAAACCAUUACUAGAUGUGAAGUGAUGGAUUCAUCUACCUUGGCAUUUUGGUCAAAGAGCUCUGUAGACAUUGAGCCAAGGCGUAUUAGACUCCAGUCAAGUAGUUAUACAACCAACACUCUUUUAGACACUGUUACUGCUGCAACUGUACAGGUGAAGGAAAUGGGUGGAAGUAUUCGGCCUUCGGAGUCUUUCAAGAUGAAUGAACAGUCUACAGAGAAAAAGAAAGGGUUUACAGAUUGGAUGAACUUAGUGAAGCCUGUCAAUGAGGAGAAGGAUCAUUGGGUCCCUGAUGAAGCAGUUACAAAGUGUACAUCAUGUGGAACGGAUUUCGGGGCUUUUGUGCGCAAGCAUCAUUGUCGAAACUGUGGAGACAUUUUCUGUGAUAAGUGCACCCAAGGUAGGACUGCUCUUACUGCUGAUGAGAAUGCCCAACCUGUUCGUGUUUGUGAUCGAUGCAUGGCUGAAGUUACUCAGAGGCUGAAUAAUGCUAAGGAUGUCGCAAGUAAACCGGCAGGAUUGCAUAGCCAUGAGGAUCUUGCUAAGAAGCUUCAGGAGGAGAUGGAGAAGAACCGCAAGUCAUCAUCAGGGUCAAAAUCAGAUGGAUCAGGGAGGCGGAUGAGAGAAGUUGCCUGUCCUAUUUGCACGGUCCAUUUGCAGGUUCAAGUUCCCAGCUCGGGUUCAGAAACGAUUGAAUGUGGAGUUUGCCAGCAUCCAUUUCUUGUCAGUUCUCACUGAUCUUACACAUUUUUUUAUGGCGGGAGGAAGGUGCUUAAUUUGCUGUUGGAGUUUCCAGUUGAAUAUGUUAUAGCAUUUUUAUUGGUUCUGUUUUUUAAUCUGAUGGCCUCUGCUUCCACAUUAUUUAGCGUGUGUACAUGGAACAUUUGAUUCGAAAGAGUCCCAUCCAUCUACUGCUAAAUCAACUUAUUUCUUUUUAUUAUUAUUAUUGUAAAUGGCUGUUUAUGUGGAUAUUAAUAUAUGUAAAUGUUUUCAACUAACAAUUUGUGGGUGUGUUUUUAAAUUAUCAAUGAACUGAUGAAAUGAUAUUACUCGUUUAGUAUUACUCAUCAGAAUAAUAUUAACAAUCUCGAUAAAUAAUGUUUUUAA